UAAGAUGCAAAAUGGCGCCUGUCAAUACAGGUAGUAUUUUGUCACAAGUGUAAGGAGAUGUUUUUUUUGGAUAAUAUAUUAAAAUCAAGUGCGACACUCUUAAUAACUUGUGAAUUAAUACCGUAAAAGUAAAGUGUGACAGUAAUGGGUGCGAAGGCAAGUACUGCAAAUGGUAAUCAAAGUCCUCGAACGCGAACAUUUUCUACAAGUAGCAGUUCAGAAGUUGUUUCGUCUGGUCCGGGUUUUAGUCUUUUAAGGGCCAUACCUGGUGUACAUAUAUCUAGUGAUCGUCAAAGAGCUCGUUCUUUAAGUAGUGUGCCCGAUUUACAUGCAAGUCAUGAAGCAAUUCCUAUACCAUCAUCGGCGACGGGUGUUUAUGAUGUAUCCCCGCGUGCAAGUCCAGAAACUGACAGCAGUUCAACAGAGGAAGCCGGUCCUAGUCCAAAUGCAGCUAAUUUGGCCCUAGGAAGAGUAUUUGCAGCCCAUUCACUGCCUUCUCAUAUAUGGUCACUUAAUAGUAUCAAAUGUCCAGUAUGUAGCAAAUUUGUAUUGCCUGAUGAAAUAGAAUUUCACUUAGUUUUAUGUCUCACAAAACCAAGACUUUCAUACAACGAAGACGUAUUAAAAGAUGAUAAAGGAGAAUGUGUGAUAUGUUUAGAAGAUUUACAGCAGGGCGAUACUAUUGCCCGUUUACCUUGCCUAUGUAUUUAUCAUAAAAGUUGUAUUGACCAAUGGUUUGAAGUAAAUCGCUGUUGUCCAGAGCAUCCGGGCGAUUAGCAGGGCUCUGAUACCGAAUCAGAGAUGAAGAUUAUAUUAGCCCAACAGCAGACUGCUAUACUACUACCACACCAGAAUCAUACUCAGCCUACUCUGCGUUGUUGAAAUAUCAAUUUUAUACAACAUAAUUUACAUAAUAUUAAUUUUAGA